AUGGCCAUCACUCGGAGAAACCAAAGGAGGCAGAGGGCUCCCGCUCCCUCUAACCGCUCGAGAGCGCCAUCUCCUGAAGUGGCGGACGAGACAACCGGGGACCCCCGUCUCGCUCCAAUGCUCUCGGCUCGAAAUCAGCAUGUCCUCGAGGAAAUCAACCCUCGAGAGGCGACGAGUGCUGUGAAUCUUAGGAUGCCUCGAGAUAGGACUGCUCAAACUCAAGGAGGUCCUCAACUCCCCGAGCACACCAGUCCUCAUCCGGUCACCCAGCAGGACCUUCAGCAACUAGCUGAUCGUCUUAGCGACAACUUCGAACGGGGCCUCCGAGCUCUGAUGCUCAAUUUCCAGGUAGAAGGAGAAGGAACUUCGAACAGGAACCCUCCACCUCCAGGACCUCGACCAAUCACAGGUCAUCAAGCGGACAAUCAAGAUCAACCGCAGGUUAUUGCCCUCGAUCCCCCGGGAUCAUCACGGGUGUCUCGACGGGCAGCUCAGGCCACCCCCGGGAAAGGGGAUGCCCGACAUGUCAUCAAUGAACGUUACAGGAGGAUCGACAACCGCGACGCUAGGGAUAUCUUAAAUGAAAAGUGGGGUCAGUCCAAGGCAAAAGACGCCAACCCCCACCCUAACCGGGAGCAGAGGGAACCUCGAGAGAGGGAACCUCGAGAAAGGGAACCUCGAGAGAGGGAUCCUCGGGAGAAGGAACCUCGAGAGAAAGAGCCUCGAGGGCAAGAGAAACACGGAAAGGAACCUCAGGAACAUGAGCCUCGACAAGAGAAAGAGCCUCGGCGCCGGUGGGGCCAUAGGCAACGGUCGUCGAGCUCCGAGUCCACUCAUGGAUCAAGCCUUCAGAUGGGGAACCUGGGAUUCACCACGCCAUUCAACGAGAAUAUUAUGAGAGCGUUUACCCCUCGAAAGGUCAAGGUUCCCCCGAUUGACCAUUAG